UGUUCUUUUUCUUUAUUAAAAUACUUUGUUUUCAAUGAUGUCCGUCAACACGUUCGAUCUCGAAGCUGUUCUCAAUGGACGGGAUUCGCGAACAACCUUGAUGAUAUGUAACAUACCACUCAGUACACCGCGGUAGGUUUCGUCCCCACCAACAAAUCCUCUCAUUGUCACUGCAAUCCAUCUCCAUCUUCUGUGCUUACAUACUAUGCUUAAUCUUCGACAAAUCCCUAACGGACCUUUUCUCUCUUAUUCUAUCUCAUACUUGGUUUAGCAAAUGCUGAAGCAGGAAAUCGACGCAACCAACAAGGGAACGUAUGAUUUCCUAUACCUGCCGUGCAACGUAGCACGCAAACGCAACUUUGGGUACGCGUUUGUGAACUUUUCCGACGUUGGCUUUGCCAUCACUUUCGCGGAAAAAUUUAUUGGCAAACGCUGGAACCGCUUUAACUCAGAUAAGCGCUGUUCCUUAUCAUACGCAAAUAUUCAAGGCAAGGUCGCAUUGAUCGAAAAGUAUCGCAACUCAACGGUCAUGCAGCAAGAUGAGUCCUGCAGACCUAAGUUAUUUUACACGAGUGGCCCCCGAAUUGGGCAAGAAGAGCCCUUCCCCAUCCCCGUCACAAUGUUAAUGCUUUUCUGAAAAAACUUAAAAAUUUACAAAAAAAAUACAGACAUACCUUUGCUUAUACAAUUUGAAAAG